UGGGGCCCCCGGGCAAUAGGGGAUCAUGGGGCCCCUGUGUCCUUGCCGACACUCAAAAAAGCCUAUAAAAAAGGUACCAGGGGCACUUCAUGGGGCCCCCUACUGAUCCCGGGCCCUCGGGCAAAUAGCUCUCAGCAGCACCAGACCCAGAAGCAAGUAGAGAUCACUAAAGUAGUGAAGUAUAGGCAGGGGCGGAUUGACAACUCAUGGGGCCCCCGGCAAUACGGGGUCAUGGGGACCCUGUGUCCUUGCCCACACUCAAACCACACCCAAAAAAGCCUAUUAAAGGUACCAGGGACAUCUCAUGGGGCCCCCUAUUGACCCCAGGCCCUCGGGCAGUGCCCGAGUUACACAAUGGUCAGUCUA